ACCGAUAAGAGCUCAAGAAUUAGACUGGUCUUCGAAAAUAAUGGACAACUUUAAGACACCUUGUAACAGAUACAGUCAAACUCCUCUUUUAGAUUAUGACUACUUAGAUGAGAUAUUCAAAGACCUACAAGAUGUUCCAUCAUGUCAAAUAACAGAUGACCAUACAGAACAAAUGACACCCUCACUGUAUGACGAAUUGUUUUGCCCAUCGACAAUAAAGAAACAACCAGCUACUCCACAACUCGAUGUAAAUCUUCUUGAUGAAUUUGUUUUACAAGAACUGGACUUCAUUUCUACAGAACUGUCUUUUUACAACAAUAACAGACGGGGUCAGAAGGUCAAAAAAAGAUUAUUUAGCUGUAGUAGUGAUGACGAACCUACGCCAAAGAAACUAUGUAUAGUGAACCUAUCCGAUAGCUAUUCAGAGGAUGAUUCUGAGUUCACAUGGUCAUCAAUUGACCGGAGUUAAGACAUCGUUUUACAUCAUUUGUUAGAUAUUAUCUUGUUAAUGUUUUUAUAAAACA